GAAAAGGGAGAAAUAAACAAAACCCCUUUUCUUUUCCAAUAAAAAACAAUAACAAAAUAAUAAAAAAAAUGGGUUCGAGAAACACCUCUGUUCUGUGCUUGGCACUUUUCCUAGCUUUCUCUUCAUGCAUUCAUGGGUUAGAUAUCACCAGCGCACUCAGCAAAUACCCAGAAUUCACCAAGUUCAGCAAGUACCUCACCGAAACCAAGCUUGUUGAUCAAAUCAACGGCCAGAAAGCCGUUACCGUCCUCGCCCUCAGCGACGACGCACUCGCCUCCCUUGACGGGAAGCCCCAGGACUACAUCAAGGCAGUCCUGGCCAACCACGUGGUUACCAAUUACUACGACGAGAAGCUUCUCGUCGCAGCAGUUGGUAGCCACGAGAAGUUGGCGACACUCUCAUCUUCUGGAAUCUUCGUCAACUUGAUAAACGAUGGCGAGGUGGCUUUUGCACCCGCCGAGAAAGAACAGUAUGAGAGCAAGCUCGUCAGAACCGUUGACACUCAACCCGAAUCACUUUCAAUCUUGGAGGUUCACCAGCCUAUUUUUGCUCCAUCCGCCGUUGCCAACGCCGUCGCAGCCACCGUGUCGUCGGAAGGGAAGAAGGUUCAAGAAGCAGCAGCCGGUAUUAGCGGCGGUUGUCGCGUCGAGAUGGGGCUCUUUGGCGGAGUAGUUAUUGCCUUGGUUUCGCUCUUUGCUUCAUUGUAAAGUUAUGAUUAAUGAUGACAUGAACAACGUAGCAAAUAAUGCUAUUGUUUUGUUGUUAUAGUGAGGAUAAGAGGAAAGUAUGGUAAAAUU